AAAUUAAUAUUGGUUGCUUUUUGAUGUACCACAAUAAAUUUAUGAAACAUACAACUACAUAAGAUUAGAUUUCUUGGGCUACUCUAAAAAUCCAAGCACUCUUGAGUGGUUAGGAUUAGCAGCUAAAUUAUCAUAACAAUGACAAUGGCCUUCUUGGUAAUUACUAUAAUCAUUACUGCUUACUUUUCUUCCUUAGUUUCAGCCUAUGAUCUUGACUCUCUCCAGGAUCUCUGUGUUGCAGCUGAAGAUUCCAACACUUCUGUUUUAGUGAAUGGAAAAGCUUGCAAAGACCCAAAGCUAGCCACUGCAAAUGAUUUCUUUGCUUCAGGUUUUAAUGAAAGUGGACCGCCAAUACCAAAUUAUCUUGGUUUUGCAGUGAAUAUUUUGAAUGUAAAUCGAAUGCCAGGACUCAACUCUCUUGGUGUUUCAAUUGUUCGUGCUGAUCUUGAACCAUUUGGAUUAAUCUCACCUCAUAUUCAUCCUCGAGCAAGUGAGUUAAUACUUGUAUUAGAGGGUACUUUAUAUGUUGGAUUUACUAUUCCUGAUCCAGGAAAUCCUUUCAAAUCAAGAUUAUUUGAGAAAAUCUUGAAUCCAGGGGAUGUUUUUGUGAUUCCACAAAGUCUUAUUCAUGUCCAAUAUAAUUUGGGAACUACUAAUACGACAGCAUUAAGUUGUUUCAACAGCCAAAAUCCUGGAGUUCAUAUGAUUCCUUUUCAACUCUUUGGAUCAAAUCCACCAAUUCUUGAUGAUGUUCUUGUCAAAGGUUUUCGAUUGGAUAAGAAAGUGGUUGAACAUCUUCGAGCUCAGUUCUCGAGCAAAUAGUGAACAUGUUUGUGCUGUUGCAACCUUAGAACCUUAAAGUCAUCUUUCUUGUUCAAGUUGCUGAGAAACUCUCUGGAAAUGUAAGAAGACAAGUUCUGGUUAGCUGUGAUUUUAAUUUUCCUGUAAUUUGGUAGUGUUAUUGAAAAUGAAACAAAACUUGGUGAUGUUCUUUUAAAAGUUCUGUUUUGUAAUGCAAUGUUGUCACAUGAAAAGGGUAAAUUUGACGAA